AUGGCGGUUGCCGAAGGAGAGAAAUCAAUCCAAGAUGAGCUUUCACUACCAAUCUUGCUCGCAGACAGAGUCAUAAAAUUGGCCCAAGCAGCCGAGUCAUCGAAACCCGACUGCUGUGACCUCGCCAGAAAAGUUACCCAACUCACCCAUAAGCUCCGAUCAACAGUACGACUCACCACUGCCCCUACCAACCCCGUCUACGAACGCCCAAUUCGCCGAAUAGUCUCCGAAGUCUCCAAGAACCUCGACCGAGCCAUAACCCUAGUCCGAAAAUGCAAGCACAGUGGAGUUCUCCGCCAUGUCUUCGCCAUCACCACAACCGCCGACUUCCGGAAAGUCGGCAAUCUUAUUGACUCCUCCAUCGCUGAUAUCACGUGGCUUCUCUCGAUUUUCGAUUCCGAUGCCGGCCCAAGCCUUUCACUUCCUCCGAUAGCUAGUAAUGAACCAAAUCUCGCUCUUGUUUGGUCUAGCAUAGCCUCAGUCCAAAUGGGUCAGCUCAAAGACCGCAUCGACGCUGCCAACAACCUCGCUUUGAGUUCGCGCAACAACGAUCGGAUCAUGAAAAUGAUAAUCCAAGAAGGGGGAAUUGUACCUUUACUGAAGCUGUUGAAAGAAGGUACGACUCCAGAAGCUCAAAUUGCGGCGACGAGGGCGUUGUACAACUUGGCUACUGAUGAAGAGAGGGUACGAAUAAUCAUCUCCUAUGAGCUUGCUGUGCCGAUAAUUAUCAAGGUCCUGGCCGAUGCUCCUAUGGAAGUUCAGAUAGUUGUGGUGGAUUUGGUGUCGAGAAUGGCGGAAAUGAACUCAGUGGUUCAAGAAGAGUUUGGGAGAGAGAAUGUGACGAGGCCAUUGGUGACUUUUUUGGCGAUGGAUAUAGUUUUGGAUGAGCCUAAGCCUCCUCUUCAGUCAGGUAAGACUAGCUUGCAUUCACUUGUACAGAUAAAAAAGGAAAUGGAAAAGCAUACGGUAGCAGGGAGAGAUAUUAGUAGUUUCCAUUCAAAUUCCUCUGUACAUUCUAAUGGCAAUGGGAGCAGUAGAGGUGGGCAUAGCCAUAGGCAUGAGAGAGAAAACGAGUCACCGGAGGUGAAACUUAAGCUCAAGAUUAGUUGCGCUCGUGCAUUGUGGAAAUUGGCAGAAGGGUGUUUGUUGAAUAGUAGGAAGAUUACAGAGACCAAAGCUUUGCUUUGUUUGGCUAAUCUUAUUGAGAAUGAAAAGGGGGAGUUACAGAUCAAUUGUUUGAUGGCGGUGAUGGAAUUAGCUGCGGUGGCAGAGGCUAACACUGAGCUUAGACGAGUGGCUUUUAAGCCUAGUUCAGCUGCUGCAAAGGCGGUGUUAGAUCAGCUUUUGAGAGUUUUAAAUGAAGAAAGUAGUCCAGCAUUGCUAAGUCCUGCUAUAAAGGCGAUUGGAUCUUUGGCUCGAACCUUUCCUGCGAAGGAGACGCGAAUAAUUGGUCCUCUGGUUGCACAGCUAGGGCAUAGGAAUGCAGAUGUUGCAACUGAAGCGGCUAUUGCCCUUGGGAAGUUUGUGAACCCAGAUAAUUUUAAUUGCUUGGAGCACUCAAAAGCGAUUAUUGAGUUUGAUGGGGUGCCAAAGUUAAUGAAACUGCUGAGGAGCAAUGAUCGGGGUCAAGUGCCUGAGCUUGUAUUGUUAUGUUUUCUUGCAAUACAUGUUGGUAAUAGCAAGGCUCUUGAACAGGCUAGAGCAUUGAAUGUUCUGGAGGGGGCUGCCCGUCAUACACCUGCCCAAAGUCCUGAUUUGAGAGAACUGUUUGCCAAGGCUAUCCACCAUCUCACUCUCUAUCAGGUUGGAGCUCAUCCCCACCACCACCCUUAA